UAUGCUCAGGCUUCAGAAGAGGCUCGCCUCCAGCGUCCUCCGCUGCGGCAAGAAGAAAGUCUGGUUGGACCCCAACGAGACCAAUGAAAUUGCCAAUGCCAACUCCCGUCAGCAAAUCCGGAAACUGAUCAAGGAUGGCCUUAUCAUCCGCAAGCCUGUGACCGUCCAUUCUCGGGCCCGUUGCCGCAAAAACACCCUAGCCCGCCGGAAGGGCAGGCAUAUGGGCAUAGGUAAGCGAAAGGGUACUGCCAAUGCUCGCAUGCCCGAGAAGGUCACAUGGAUGCGGAGGAUGAGGAUUCUGCGCCGGCUGCUCAGGAGAUACCGGGAGUCAAAGAAGAUUGACCGCCAUAUGUAUCACAGCUUGUACCUGAAGGUGAAGGGGAACGUGUUUAAGAACAAGCGGAUUCUCAUGGAGCACAUCCACAAGCUGAAGGCAGACAAGGCUCGCAAGAAGCUCCUGGCUGACCAGGCUGAGGCGCGCAGGUCUAAGACCAAGGAAGCACGCAAGCGCCGAGAGGAGCGACUCCAGGCCAAGAAAGAAGAGAUCAUCAAGACUCUGUCCAAGGAGGAAGAGACCAAGAAAUAAACUCCCCCUCUCUUCUCUGUACAUAGUGGCCUUGGCGGUUCUAAUGAUCAGUCACUCAAUAAAAGCAAGCCUUGUCGGCCUGCCCCUGA